AUGUCCCUUGAUCCUUCUCUCAAUCAGCGGGCUUUGUCCCCCGCCAGCUCAGGACAUUCUUCGCCGGUAUACCGCAACCCUCGACGGCUCAUCGAGGACGGCCUCUACAAGAAAGACAAGAGCCUCCGAAAAUACGCCUCGAAUAUUGAACGGGCUUUAUCGUUGUUCGAUACAGCCCAGCAAGAAUGGGCUGAUUACAUCUCCUUCCUCGCGCGCCUCUUGAAGGCUAUUCAAACACAUCCACCGGAUGUACGAGUACUACCUCAUGCCACAAGCGUUGCAACAAGGCUGGCGCAGUGCCUCAACCCCUCGCUUCCCUCCGGCGUACAUCAGAAAGCAUUGGAAGUUUACGCAUGCAUAUUUGCCAUCAUUGGAAGAGAAGCACUAGCUCGAGACAUCUCAGUCUUUUUCCCGGGCCUCUCCACUGUUCUGUCGUUUGCUUCACUAUCGGUUCGGCCAGCGUUCCUAGCUCUAAUUGAGGCACACGUGAUAACUCUGGAUCCAGAGGCUCUCAGACCAGCUCUAAAGGCAGUUAUAAUCUGCUUGUUGCCUGGCCUUGAAGAAGAAACGAGCGAGGAGUUUGAGCAUGUCCUGCUCAUCUUCGACAAGCUGAAAGCUGCAAUUAAUACGGAGCAACCCCACCUGAACGAUAGAAGCGAGGCGGGGGACUCGUUCUUCUGGCAAUGCUUCUUCCUCGCGACCAUCUCGAACGCCACGAGGCGGCAGGGCGCACUUGCGUAUCUUGUGCGCAAUUUGCCCCGAUUAGGCGUUCAACAUGCUCGGAGAGCUUCAGCUGUGGACGGUGAUCCAGAGAGGAGCACCUUAUUUGCUGCUGCAGAGGCGGUGAUUUCGCCUGAACCAGGGCUGUUAGUACGCUGCUUUGCCUCCGGCCUGGCCGAUCAGCAAUUACUGGUCCAAAGAGGCUUCCUCGACCUGCUGGUCACCCAUGUUCCAUUGGAUUCUCCUGUUCUUCAGGAGCGUAUAAGUGAAGAAGAUCUCGAUCUGCUUGCCGCCGCUGCUACUGGAGUUGUUUUACGAAGAGACAUGAGUCUUAACAGACGCCUGUGGUCAUGGCUUCUUGGGCCUGGACCUGGACCUGGGUCUUCCACGAACCCUGGGAAAGAUGGCGAGGCUGCGCCUUCACUUGACCCCAAGAGCCCAGACGUCGAUCCAGAAGAGGUACGCGCAGCCUUCUUCUCCCGUCAUGGCUUGCAACCUUUGCAUCGAAGUAUCAUGAAAAUGAUUAGGCGCAAGAGUAGCAACCCAAUAGAACAAGCCAAACCAUUCCGAAUAUGCUUGUCUCUGAUGGACCACUGGGAGGUUGGUGGACUCCUUGUGCCGGAGCUGUUCCUGCCGCUUCUGGAUAAUCUGAGACUGCAAGCUCAGACAUCCGACCAAGCUCGUCUAGAUGAAGUCUUGCGCAGUGCAAGCAACUUUUUCGACGGCGUUGAAAGCAGCUUGAUAUGGGGGAAGAUGAAUGAAUUGGCUUUUGGGGCGUUCGACAAAGGAACACGGCCGGAGCAAAUGGUGGAGCAGUUGUCUCUUCUCAAAUUUGUCAUUACCCACUUUAACGUUCGCGAUGAAGAGAUGGUUGUACAUCACAUGCCGCUGUUGAUGCUGGUGCUUCUCGCCGCACUCAACGAGGCGUCAAACAGUGCCAGUGCUGAUAUAGUCGACAAUAACCGCUUAACAAUCCUAACAAUGGAGAUUUUGGACAUUCUAUCCUCAUACAUACCAGCAAGGGCUUUCUCAGAAACAGGCGUACGUCAGUCCAACCCUUCGUCCGAUGGGAAAGCGAGCUCCAUACCUUAUCAGAGCAUCCGUCAACGCAUUGAAGGAUUCUACAAUGCCAGCCACGGAAACGUAAACACUGCAAGGCCACCGUUCAGCCCUAAAGAACUUGGAAGUUCACUUUUACUCCAGACUGUCAUAUUGUUCCGAGGCAAGCUGUUGGCUCCAGGGUCAGAAGCCGUCCUCGAGCCAUGUACACGACUACUAAUCGGCCUCAACCAAAAUAUCUGCGGUCGCGAAAUUUCUAUCAGCACCGACGUCGUUGAUGUUGUUCACAAGGUGCUGAACGCCCGUCAGUCGUUGAACUCGGAACAAGCCCUAUCAUUUCCAUACAUAGUUGCUGUUGUUACCGUGGUCACAACCCUUCCGAUUGAGUCUUCUUCAGAUCCCAACAACGGCGUUCAACCCCUAUGCGGCCCUGUGCCUACCUUGGUCUUACACUUAUGGUCCUAUCUCUCACCCUUCAGACCAAAAUACCACAUUGAGGCAGCACGUUGCUUGUGGCAGCUUCAUAUGGUUACUUCCUCAGAUCGGUUGGUGGAAGCUUCGAUGACGAAGCUAAUGGCUUCCGACACAUCCAGAUCCGCCGAUUCGGACAGAUGCUUUGCGACCUUGUGGACUCACAUCAUCCACGAGGAGAGCAUGCAGACGGAGAGAAGCAAUAGAACGCCGUCUAGGCGACCGAGUUCACUGCCUGGAAUUACCGACGUUCCAGCAUCAGCUGGGGCGAGCCAGGCCCUGCUGACCAGGCCCUUGCUCUUGUUACUCGAUAGUCUAGCCGAAGAAGGGACGGAACGGUUCGCAUUCGUGAAGAUGUGGCUUGAGGAGCUUCCAAGUUUGGACAGAGUGUUCGACGUUCUGAUCACCCCUCUCAGAACAUCACGCUUCCUCACUUUGGACAGUUCCGCGGCUGGUGUACCCGUAGAGCAAACCACACGAGAAGUGGAAGACAUCGAGAUUUGUGUCAAUUGUCUCCGACAUAUCUCGAAUAUCAUGCAGUAUUCUACUGCCUACACAUGGACAACGCUCGCCGAAGUGACCGACCAGCACAACAGUAAGCCCUCAGGCGAAGUAUGCUUGCAACAGCUUCUUAUGCAAUUAUGUCUACGAGCGUUGUCCAAGGUCAAAAAGACGUUUGAUAACGACGGACGCGCAUCUCUAUUGACUUUGCAUCGAAUCGCAGUAUCAAUUGUCAGCCGAAUCCUUAUCAAUCCGUAUGCUUCGUCACUGAGAUUGCUGGAAGCAGAGGUACCGCUACUGAGUUACUUAAAGCAUUGCGAGACUAUGCUGCAGCCUUCGGUCCUUGGAGCUGUUUUAGCCGCACUGAAGUUACGAGUAGGCAGCAAUCACAAAGAUGCGCCACCUAUGCAGCAGCGAAAGAUAUCGCGAAUAGUAGUUCCGCCCACAUCGACCAACUCUCCGCGCAUCGAACAAACCGAGCGAAGAAGUGAAGACCCAUCCUCGGUGCUACCACCUCCGAUGCUAGUGGAGGUUGUCCAAGCUGGGUUGUCAUCUACAUCGAGUCGUAUCGUUCUACAACAUUGGGUCGAUUUCCUCGCGCAGGUCUUACCUCUUUUUGCCGAUGCAGUCUUUCAGAACCUGCUACCUCUUGUAGACACUUUUUGCAAGCAGAUCAGACUGACCUUCGAGGAGCUCCGCCUUACCUUUGAGACUCUCCGAACUAGAGAUCACUCCGCACCUGAGCCGGCUAUGAUCACGCUGAUGGAUGGAUUGGAGCAGAUACUGGCAAGCGCACAUGACCGACUGCGAGUUGUAGAAGUCAAGACCGCGAACACGAAGUCGCCAGAACAACCGCAAGGCUUCUUCGGAAACAUGGUUUCCGGCGUGUUCUCCGCCGAGGCGCCGCAGAGCAGAUCAGCUACAGCUAAUAGUCGGCUGACAGUCAUUCUUUGCUUCCAAGACACUGUUCGCGUCUGUUUCUCUAUCUGGUCCUGGGCCGCAUACGGCACCGAGAAUCAGCAAGACCCGGCAUCUCUUGCGUCGUUUGGCUACACGUCCUCCAGAAUGCGCAAUCGUGCGAAGCGGACUCUUGAGCACCUUUUCGCCGCAGAGCCCUUGGAGUGCCUCGAAACGCUAGCUGUCUUGUGGAGCAAUACGCCGAGCUCGAUUGCGCAAUCAAGUGGUGUGCUGAGUUUGAUGAAUGUGCUUAGCAGCACGCGACCCAAAAUCACGGUUCCAACCAUCUUCAACGCUAUCUACAGCAGGACCAACCCGACCGCGCUUGACCGCGACCGGAUGUCAACACUCACCUCGGACUUGACAGAUUUAGCUCUUGUUGCUUUCUUGAUUGACUACACGCGGUCGUUAGAGGAUGAUGCUAUGGAUGAGAUCUGGCCCGACUGCUCUGCCUUCCUCCGGGACGUCCUUGCUAACCCUCUCCCUCACCGACAAAUUUUACCUGCCUUGCUCGAGUUCAGCGCGGUGCUGGCGGAGAAAGUGGAUAAUACCAACUUCGGUGAGCAGCGGCGAAUGAGGAGGGAGCUUGGCGAUCUAUUUACGCGGCUGCUUACGGCCGCCUUCACUACGAAGCCGAUAGGCUUCUUGCAAGACCCAUCUCAGAUGAGGCGGCAGGACCAGAAGGCGGAUACUAUCAGCGAACCCUCAGCCCCCCGUCGCGCAAGGUCUUCGGACAUAAUUUCCAUACUGGCAUCUGUUGUGCCGAAGCUUCAGUUGAUAUUAGUCGAAACCGACCGAAUAACGACCGCCGUAGCAACCAUCUCUGCCAAUGUCAUUGGCCCCACCUUCCGCUCUAGAUCCUAUCCCGAAAAUGUAUCAAAGAACACGCUUGAGCUUCUCUACCAACUUAGCGUAUCUGCACAUGCUUCUAAGGCCUGGAGAAAGGACAUCUCCGAUGCAUUCAACGAUUCGAGAUUUUUCGCCACUCCGCUCGACAUAGCAAAGAAGUCCUGGCUUCCAGUCCUACAACAAUGGGUCCAAAGCGAGAAUGACCGCUUGCCUGAACUCCUCGGCCGGCUGUCCGCACCAACGACCGCUGGCAUCAUGUUCGGCGUAGGCGCCAGCUCUGCACGACUCGAAGCCGACCGCAGGACUCAGCUUAACCUCCGCAGACUCGCCGUUCUCAUCCUCGCUGCCACCGAAGACGCCUUUCUGGCAAAUAUGGGCGGGAUCCAAGAGAAGCUCGUCGAGCUGCUCACCGCCACGCCCGCCUCUUCGCCCUCCUCCGCCACCCGAGCGGAAGUAUUUAUGGUCCUCCGCGCCCUCAUCCUCAAAACCUCAUCCGUGCACCUCGCACCCCUAUGGCCAAUCAUAAACGCAGAGUUACAGCUCGCCCUUACCUCCGUCAUCCCGGGCGACGAGAACUACGAGAAAUACAAUACCGUAUCCACGCUCCAAGCCUGCAAGCUACUAGACACGCUCAUCGCCAUCGACCCAGACGACUUCCAGCUCCAUGAAUGGCUGUUCAUUACAGACACCAUUGAUGCCGUCUACAAGCCCGCGGACUGGUCCCCCGUCGCUUUGGCAGACGAAGUGGCCGAGGCGCUGGGCGCUGCUGAGGCAGAGGUGUUCCCGCCUUCUACGCCUGCUACGCCGCACUUUGUGCAGCAUGGCGCGGACGGCGAGGGGAGAAGGGCGCCGAUGCUUGAUGGCCUGUUGAGCGGUCUGCGAGAUGGCAGUGGUGAGGCGGUGGAUGUUGCGGGAAUGCCGAAGGCGGAGCUGGCGGCGAGGGUGCUGAAGCUUUUCUUUGGGCAGUUGAGCAUUGGCGCGUUUGAGGCGACGUAUGGGAUGGAGAAGGCUGAUUGGGAGGCUUGCCGGGAUGGGCUUUUGAGAGAUCUGUUUGAUGAAAGGGGCGUUGUGAGAUGA